AUGCAGGACAUUCUUACUUUGAUUACUAAAAAUGUCUCAUUCACACCGUAUGAUGUUGCUUGGAUCCCAGCAUCCACACGAGUAUGCGCGAUCGGUACAACAGAACGAGCAACUGGAAAGAUCGCCAUUUAUACUAUUCAGGACAACAUGCUUUUUUUGGCAAAUGAGACAGAAACAGACACAGCUAUUCGGUGUGGAACAUUAGGAGCUGCUGAUGCUCAUACAAGACAAUUGGCUACAGGUGAUUUUGAAGGCCAAUUACAACUGUGGGAUACCCAACGUAUGGAAAUCCCGGUGGCUUCCGUAAAAGCACACGAUACGUUAAUUAAUGCUAUCGAUGGUGCAGGUGGAGUCAUAUCACCUGGAGGUGCGCGGGAACUGGUUACAGGAGGAAGAGAUGGAUUUGUCAAGGUUUGGGAUACUAGAGAACCUACAAAGCCUGUUUUCACCGUCCGUCCUCACCAAGAAACGUCUCCACAAGACGUUUGGUGUGUUGCGUUUGGUAACAUUGACAAUGGUACACAACGACUAGUGGCAGUCGGAUAUGCCAAUGGUGAUAUUAAGCUCUUUGAUUUAACCGCGUCAAAAUAUAUCUGGGAGACGCAUGUGAAUGAAGGCGUUUGCUCAAUCGAAUUCUCUACUACUCCCUGGGAUCAAUUGACAGUCAGUACACUUGGCGGGCUCUAUGUUCUUCGUCUUUCAACCGGAAAAUCCACAAAAUUAAAUACCCCAGUCGAUGUUACCUUUUGGUCUGCUUGCCACUGCCCUCAGGUCCCUGAUCUCUUGGCUGUAGCAGGUGGAGACGGUGAAUUGCGCCUGUGGAAAGGAGGCGAAAAUUCACCAGCAGCUACAACAUCAGUAUCCAAACAUCCUAUUGUGUCGUUGGAUUGGAACAGAGACAAGAAAGGAUUGUUUGUAUGUAGCUCGUUUGACCAAACCUUGAGAUUAGGUUUGGUUCGAGGUAUUUAA